AUGAUGGAAAAUAAAUACCCAAAUGAAUUAUUUUGUUAUAUAAAUAGAUAUAAUAUAAACGAAAUAAUAGAAAAUGGAGAAGAGAAAUAUGCAAAUGAAUAUGAUGAAGAUAAGGAUAUGUCAAUAAAUAAUAUGAAUGAAAACAAUGGUAUAUGUGAAUAUGAAAUACCAUUUUUAUUAGACCAUGUGGAUGAUAGUAAUAAAGAAGAUUCAGAGAAUAAUUCAUUAAAGAGUUAUCUCGAUGAUGGUGCAUCCACUAUCCUUUCAAAACCAGAUGAACUAGAAAAUUAUAAUAAACAAAAUGAAAAUGAUUUUGACGAAAAUAAUAAUAAAAAAAAUAAUAAAAUGGACCAAUUGAAGGAAAAAAUAAAUAUUAUAAUAAUACCAAAUAAAAGAGUUAUAAACAAUUUUGAAGAGAUAUUAAGCAUGGCAAAUGGAAAUGAUAAAAAUAUAGAGAAAAAGUUGAAUGAUAGAUUUUAUCAAAUUUGUUGUAAAAGUAUAGCUGAUAUAAAUACACAUAAUUUAAAUAAAGUUAAAGAUUUGAAAAAAGAAAAAAAUAAAGGAUCCUUGAAUAUUGAACAUAUAGAUUAUGGAGAUAUUUUUCUUACUAUACAUGAUACAUUAAAAAGUAAUAAUAAAAUAAAAGGAAACCAUGAAACUAACCUAUUACACGAUUCUUCUUAUGAAAUAAAAAAGAAAACAAGAAGAGGAACAAAUAUAUAUAAAAAUCCAUUUCAUAGAGGUUCGUAUUUGAGAUCAUAUAAAAAUCAAAAGGAUACCGUUUACCUUAAUAAUUUAAACAACAUGAUGAUGGAUAAAAAUAGUAAUUGUAGUGAUUCGCGAAAAAAGGAAUAUUCGCAUUUCAAUUCUCAGGAAUUUUCAUAUGACAAAUAUAGUAUGAAGGACAGAAUGUUUCUCAAAAAUUUGUAUAUGAAACAAAAUAGAUUAAGAGAUAAAAGGGGGAAUUAUAACAAAAUGGGAGAUUAUCAAAAUAUUGAAAACUAUCAUAAAGAGGAUGAAAAUGGUUUUGAUUGUAUGAAUAUGUCAGAUAUUGUCUAUUCAAAUAAAAUGAACCAUGUUAAUAUCAUGGAUCAUAUGAUUUAUAAGGAUUGUAAGAAUAGGAGCAAACUAGUAGAUACAAUAACUUCUCGUGAAAAGGAUGUAAAAAAUUAUGACGAUAACGUCGAAAGUGAUAAUAAUUCUUUUAAGAAUAAUAAUAAUGAAGAACAUAUAUGUUUAGAGUAUGACGAUACAUAUAACUUAAAAGAUACAGUUAAAAAUAUUAUUGAUGAAGAAGAACAAUAUGAUAAGGAUGCUACUUGUAUAUGUGAUAAGAACGAAGAUGUUGAGGAUUUGUUUCUUUCAAAGAAAACGAAUUAUUCUUCUAAUAAAAAAAGAGAAGAUUAUGAGAAAGUAUUACUUGAAGAUAAUUUACAUUUAAAACAAACCCCAUCAAAAAGAACAAAUAUUAAUAUAAUCCCAGAUUAUGAUGAUAACAAUAGAAGUAAUAAGAGUCAUAAGGAAAAUGAAGAGAAUGUUUUAUCUGAGGUAUGGGGUAGUUUAAAAAAUGAUGAUAUAUUAUAUAAAGAUAAUAUGUUGAAUGUCAUAAAUGAAGAUAAUACAAAGGAAGAGGAUGACAAAGAAAGACUUGUCCAUUUAGAUAAUGAUGAGGAUGAAAAAGAAGAAAUAAAUAAAGAUGUAUAUUUCAAUGUAUUGUCGUGUGAAGAAAAUAUGAUUGCGAGGAAUGAAAAGUAUAACGAAUUAUUGAAUAGUACAAGUAAUUUUGAAAAAAUUGAUGAUCCAAGUGAAAUUAAUAUUGGAAGUAAGGAAGAUAAAGAAUAUUUUGAUUUGUUAAUAAAAAAAUAUGAAAAUACAAAAAUAAACGUAUAUGAUAAUGAAUUACUUUCAUUGAAUCUUAAUGAUGAGCAACAUGAAGAAAUGUCCAAGGGAGAUUCUUAUGAAAAUGUAAAUAAAACGGAAGAUAAUGAUAAUAAAAUGGGAAAUUUUUAUGACAAUAAUGAAAUGGAAGAUAUUAAUCAUGAUGGUAACAUGGAAGAUAUUAAUCAUUAUGGUAACAUGGAAGAUAUUAAUCAUGAUGGUAACAUGGAAGAUAUUAAUCAUGAUAGUAACAUGGAGGAUAUUAAUCAUAAUAACAUGGAGGAUAUUAAUCAUAAUAACAUGGAGGAUAUUUAUAAUGAUAAUAUUAUGGAAGAUAUUAAUCAUAAUAACAUGGAAGACCAUGUUAAUUAUGAUGAUGAAGAAUUGAAUAAAAAAAUGGAUGAGGUGGAAGAAGAAAAGGAAGAAAGGAAUGAGGAUAGAGGAAUAUACGAUGAAUUAUUAGAAAAUGAUAUGUGUGAUUUAUACAAUUUAAAAAUGCAUGAUUUGCAUAAUUUAAAAGCCUAUGAUUUUGGAUUAUCUAAAGAUCUAUUAAAAAAGGAUAUUUUUAUAUAUAGUAAUAAUUUGAAAAAUUGUGAUAUGGAUGAUGAUAAUAAUAAUAAUAAUAUGAAUGAUAUUGGUAUAGGUGAAAAUGAUAUAUAUGAAAAUAAUAUAUAUGAAAAUAAUAUAGAUGAAAAUAAUAUAGAUGAUAAUGAUAUGUGUAAUAAUUACGUGAAUGGAAAUGAUUUAUAUAUUAACAAUAUGGAGGAUGAUGCCAUGGAUGAUACUGUAUAUGAUGAGGAAGAAAUUAAAAGUUUCCUAGAUAAAUUAAAAUCUGAUAUAGCAAAUCAAAUAAAUGGAAAAAAUGGAAAAAAUGGAAAUGUCGAUGUUACAGGACAAGACGGUAAUGAAGAAAUGUCUUAUAUAAAUAAUGAUGAAAAUUUACAAGCCUUUGAUUUGUUAGAUAAUUUUCAUAUGGAUGAUUAUGGUAAUGAUUAUAAUGAUAAUGAAGAAGAUAGAAAUGAAGACGAACAAAACAAAACAAAACAAAAAGAGUUACAUAAUAAUGUAGAUGGAAAAUUAAAAUUAUCAGAUUUAAAUGAAUUAAAUGCAAGUGAUAUAAAUAAUAAUUUUUAUAUGUCAACUCCUCGAAAAUCUAUAGAUGAACGUAAGGAUACGGAAUGUCAAACAGAUUUUCCAUUAUUAGAUAUAUCAAGGAAUACUAAUAGGACUCCUAGAAGAAAAAGUGUGGAAGUAAUACUUGUAGAAAAAAAAUUAAAAAAAAAAAAACAAAAGGAUAUGAAUAAAUAUACAGAUGAAAAUAAAGAUAGUAAUAGAAGAUAUCCGAAAAGAAAUAGAAUUAAGACUUUGCGUUAUUGGAUAGGAGAAAGAGAAUUAACUGAAAGAAACCCUUACACAGGAGAAAUAGAUGUUGUAGGAUUUAGUGAGUGUAAAAAUUUGCAAGAUUUAUCACCUCAUAUUAUUGGUCCUAUUGAAUAUAAAAAAAUAUAUUUGAAAGAUCUUAAUAGUAAUGAAAAUGAGGAAAAUGAAGAUAAUGAUGGAGAGGAAAAAAAUUAUAAAAAUCAUAAUAAUCUUGAGUCUGAGGGUGAGGAUAUUGUAAAUGAUGAUGUAAAUAAUUUACAUGUUCACAUAAGCAAUGAUAACACCUCUCAUUCGAAGAAAAUAAAGGGAGCCCCAAGUAGGUUUAGUAAUACAAAUAAUGGAAGGAAAAAACGAAGAAAGAGAAAAUUUAUCAAUGUGGUUAAUUAUAUAAAGAAGAAGAAAAAGAAGAAACUGACAAAGAGUAUGGAUAAGAUGGAGGUUGCAGAUAAUUUCAAAAAUGAUAUAAGUGAUAAUAAUAAACAGAGUGGUGAUGAAAAUAAACAAGAUGAUGAUGAAAAUAAACAAGAUGAUGAUAAAAAUAAACAAGAUGAUGGUAAAAAUAAACAAGAUGAUGGUAAAAAUAAACAAGAUGAUGAUGAAAAUAAACAAGAUGAUGAUAAAAAUAAACAAAAUGAUGAUAUUUACAUGAAUGAAGAUAUGGAUUUGUUCAAUGAUUUAAAUGAUAACUUCGAUGACAAUGAACAUUUCUUAAACAAUGGUGAUAAGUAUUCGCAUGCUGAAGAAAUUACUAUAGAAAAAAUUCAAACGGAAAGUAUAGAAAAGGAUAUUUUAAAUAAUGACGAGCAGGAUAAUAAUAACAACAUCUUUGAUAUUGAUAAUGAAGUUAUAGAUAUGAAGGAUGAAAAUGUAGAUGAAAUAGAAAGUGAUGACAAAUUAAAAACUUUUGAAAAUUUGGAAAGUUUGAAAAGUACAACACAUUUAAAUAAUACAGAUAAUUGUGAUGUUGAUUUGAGUGAACAUACCAAUGAAAUAAAUUCUGCUGAGGAAAAAAAAGUUCAUAUUGAAGUUAAUAAAAAAACAAAUAAUGAAAAAAAAAAAAAAAAAAAAAAGAAGAAUAAGAAGAAAAAAAAAAAAGAAAAAACACAAAUAGAUAUCAUGUACAAAAAUUUGUCCAGACUUAAUUUAAAUUUGUUACUUCCAAACAAAAAAAAAGUUAAGAAAUCGGAAAACUCAUUUGAAAAAGGGGAAGAAAAACAAAAGAAGAAAAGAAAUAAAAAAGUUAAAAAAGUUAAAGGUAUUAACAAGGGGGAAAAAAUAAAAAGUAAGAAGAAAAAAAAUAAGGACAAUAAUAGUGAUAGUAGUACUAAAUGUGUUGUAGAAGGAGAAAAAGGAAAAAAUUUACAUGAGCUUAAUAAAAAUGGAAAUCUUGAAGAUGAGAAAAUGGAUAUUGAUAUUUCUAUGAAUAUUUCAAGUAUAAAUUGUGAAAGUGAUAAUAAAAAUGUGAGUAAGGAAGGAGAGGAAGAAAAGAAAGAGAUAGAUGAAGAAAGGAAAGAGAUAAAUGAAGACAAACAAGAAAUAGAUGAAGAAAAGAAAGAGAUAGAUGAAGACAAACAAGAAAUAGAUGAAGACAAACAAGAAAUAGAUGAAGACGAACAAGAAAUAGAUGAAGACAAACAAGAUAUAGAUGAAGAAAAACAAUAUGAUGAAAAUAUUCAUAGUGAUAACAUAAUAAAUAAUGGAAACAAUCCAUUUGUAAACAAUAACAACUCUUUUUUUAAUAUUACAAGUCCAUUAAGAACACAAAUAAUAAAUGAGGAAGAAAAUAGUUUGAACGAAAUGAAAGAAGACAUAAAUGAAUAUGUUGAAAUGGAAAAUAAGUUGGAUGAGGAAAAAAUAAAAGAUUCAGAAGGAGUUUGUAGAAAAAUAGAGGUAAAUAAUAAAAUGAUUUCUCCUAUUAAUAGACAUAAUUUUUAUUUAACAAUUCUUGAAGGAAUGAAUAAGAAUUUCCCUAUUCAAUGGAAUAAAAAUAAUAUGACUUUAUCAAAAAAUAAAGGAAAAAUUUAUAAAGGAAGGAAAGAAAAGAAAAGAAAACGUUCCCAUAAAAAUGAUGAAAAUUUUCUUGAUCAUAGUAUAUUAAAUGAUACCAAUAUGAGUGACAAAAUGGAUGAAAGAAAUGAAUUAUCAGAUAGUAUAAAAUCUAAUAGUACUACCAAUAUUGUAUUAGAAACUAUAAAAUAUGAUAAUAGGAAAAAAAUAAAGGCAAAUGAUACAAACGAGGAAAUAAUCAAAUAUGAUAACUUCACUUCUAAAUAUAAUAAUAAAAGUGAUGGUAUUCAAUUGAAUGGUGGUAUAUAUAAA